UCUCGGUCGCAACCACUACAUAUCUGUACCUUCUAUCUAGUGUUUAGAUUAUUAUACCGCUGCUCCCUGCUUACUGCCAGCAAUGAAAUGUCUCUCCCUGGUUUAGAGCUCACGCAGCCCUCCGCGGAGAGCCAGUCCGCUUCCGCACCGCCAACUCAGAUUAAUCUCUCCGCAGGUUCAGAGUGGAGGUUCGAGGUAGCCUUCGGGACCACCGUUCGAGUUAAGCUCCUAACCGGCACCGCAGAGCUCUUCGGCACCGAACUCGCCCCCUCACAAACCUACACGUUCUCCGGUACAAAGGCCGCAAUUUACACGUGGCACGGCUGCACCCUCGAAGUGAGCGCCGGUGACGCAGUCUCCGGACUCGAUGGGACUACAUCUGCCUCCGGCCGAGGCGGGCUCGGAGCAGGAGGCUGCCAGAGCGAAUAUAUCGCAGAGGAAACGCCGAUGGUAGAAUAUGCAAAUGUUCACUUUGCACUGGAGGGCCUCCGUGCUGAAGCGAAGGCGAGUGGGAGGGACGGACCCCGCGUACUGAUCCUUGGCCCCGAGGAUGCGGGGAAGACGAGCUUGUCAAAGAUCCUGACGGCCUAUGCGGUAAAGGUUGGACGCGAGCCGAUUGUGGUCAAUUUGGACCCGACUGAGGGGAUGUUGAGCGUGCCUGGUACAGUGUCGGCGACGGCGUUUCGGGCUAUGCUGGACGUUGAGGAAGGGUGGGGGAGUAGCCCUAUGUCUGGGCCGAGUGCGGUGCCGGUGAAGUUGCCGUUGGUGUAUUUCUAUCCGAUAGUCAACCCGUUGGAGGCGGAAGGGUCGGUGUUCAGGCCGAUUGUGUCGAGGUUGGCGUUGUCGGUUAUGGGAAGGAUGGCAGAAGAUGAGGAUGCGAAAGAAACGGGCAUUAUCGUUGAUACGCCGGGGAUUCUAAGCCAGAGUCGGGCGGGGGCUUUGGAGAUGAUUAACCAUAUUGUGACUGAAUUUUCGAUUACGACGAUUCUGGUUAUAGGCUCGGAACGGUUGUACAGUCUUAUGAUGAAAAGCUACGAUAAUAAGCCAUCGUCAAGUGCAUCUUCUGCGGCAUCAGAUGAGCGUAUCUCGGUAGUGAAGCUCUCAAAAUCCGGUGGGUGCGUUGAUCGUGACGCUGCGUUUAUGAAGGCAGUGCGCGAGUCCCAGAUUCGAACAUACUUCUUCGGCAACCCGGUCCCUACCACGGCUUCAUCGGCAUUGUCUAUAUCCUCCUCUUCAACAACAAAUGUUACACUAUCGCCACACGCACAGCAGCUAGACUUUGACGCUAUAGCCCUCUACAACUACACCACCUCGUCGGCAGAGGAGGACCAAAACGACGAGGACGACUAUGAUCCCGCCCAAUUGACGACGGACUCCUUCCUCCCGGGAAACAACGAGGCAGAGAGCGCAUCCUCUCUUCCCGGCCUCAAUUCGGCAGCCAAUGCCAGCGCCGCUGCCGCCGCUGGCGCACUCGUGCCGCUGAAAAAGGUCCCGGGCCCUGCGCCCUCUGCACUGGCCAACACUCUUCUUGCUAUUACGCAUGCCUCUCCCACCAGCAGCCCAUCUGAGAUCCGGGACGCGAGCACCAUGGGGUUCCUUUACGUCGCUGACGUCGAUAGCGAACGUGGGAAGAUCAGGGUCCUUGCGCCGGUGGGGGGCCGGGUUCCCUCACGAGCGAUCAUCUGGGGUAAGAAAUGGCCGGCGGAAGUUGUAGGGCUGGUAGGGUAGAUAAUCAUAAAAUAAUGAUACAAACUGCUCAAUACAUAGGAUAUUGUCG